UGAUUGCAUAAAGCAAUGAUUUCGGAAACAAUUCAAAAUACAACAAAAACCUUUAAAUAUUCAUUUCCAACAUGCACGAACGAAAAUGUCUUGUUCAAUCUAGAAGUUCCUGUGGAUAUUCCGUAUGAUGGUUCCACGAGAGAGCUCGUACAAAGAGUUAUAAAUAUGUUUCACAUUCCAGUAUAUUUAGAAGAAGAAUUAAACGAUAGACUAUCAGAAUUUGUAGCUGACGAAACAAAAAGAUUUCACAACGAAAGAGAUGAAGAAUUAUUGAACAAAUUAAAGAAUAAUGAAAUAAAUUUAGAUGACGUUGUUCAAAAAUGGGAAAAGCUCUUUAAAGAGAAUGUUGUGGAAUUCGCAGAACAAAAAGGAACCCCAGAUGAAGAGGUAUUUGCAGUAGCAUACCACAAAUUAGUACACUCACCAGCACUGGAGACUAUUCUGCAAGUAGAAAACUCCUAUGCCAAAACUGUUAUGAAUACCUUAAAGAAUAGAGAUGAUGAUAUCGUAAAACUGACACAAAAACAAACUGAAGAAAUGGAAGAAAAAGUUCGUCUUCUGAACACUUCAACCACAGAAGUUGAGAUCAAUGAAUUAGCCACCCAGCAGUUUGAAGAGCAAGCCUUAGUUUCAGGCCGAUGGGGAUCUCAGCUGGACGCCUUGUGUCAAACGCAAAGAACACAUCACAGAGCAUGGUUAAUGGCGACAUUGCAGGAGUACCAGACCACAUCAGCUUUGCACACACCAAGCAACUCUCCGCUGGGUAUAUUCUCGCCGUCUCCAUGCUCAUCCCUACCCGAGGCUCCAACCCGACCUCGUCUUGAAGAAAGCUUCACCAUACACCUCGGAAGUCAACUCAAACAGACGCACAACAUUCGCAUUGUCGCUAUGGACCUGCUCGACCUGUGCAAUGUUGAUCAUGACAACCCUACAGAAUCGUCGCGUCGCCUCCAAACUUCCCUAUCGUUGUAUUCAUCGGAACUAUCAGCGGUGAUUCUCCUCAGCGAGUCUCCACCUGAACGACCCUCGCCCCCCACCACACAGCUAGUGGACGCGGCCAAGUCCUCGACUGAGUAUCACUUUCAUGAUGUCGAGUAUCAACUGCGGGAAAUUAGCAAGAAAGUCAAGGAGCCAGUCGAACGCCGUAACACUCAGCGCAGCAAAGAACAAAACGACAGCAACAACACGCAAACCCACAACAACCCGUUUAGGAACAGAUGGAGACAAAACCUGCAGACUGGAGACAUUUACCUGACUAAGCACAGCAACUUGGCUGACGUGCACGUAGUCUUCCAUCUUGUUGCCGACGACUCUUCUCUGAGAUCCGGUGAUAUCACGUCUCGUCAUCCGGUAAUCCUGGGCUUACGUAACAUCCUGAAAGCUGCUUGCAGUAAUGAUAUCACCAGUAUAUCGCUGCCUCUGCUCUUGCGACACGAAUUAUCAGAGGAAAUGACGGCAGCGUGGUGCAUCCGUCGUGCGGAAUUGAUCCUGAAAUGCGUCAAAGGGUUCAUGUUGGAGGCGGCCGGGUGGGGCGGGGCUGAACUCCGCACCCUACAGUUCGCAGUACCAACGAACACCGCGCCAGAAGUGUUUUCGACUCUCGCUAAUCUACUGCCCUCUAUAUUCAGAAUAUCUAAUCCGGUCAAGUUUAAAGCGAACUCUUAAAGUUUUGAGGAAACAGAUAAAUGUUUCUUAAACCACUAAUUAGUAUGUAAGUAGGUUAGGUACUCCAAAUCAGAUAAAAAAAAAAACUUUUUUUUAAUUAUUCAUUGAUUGUAUUUAUUGAACUUUGGUAAUUAAUUUAAUUAUGAUCCUGUAAAUAUAAAUUCGUCUACUCUAUGUCCGUUAAAAAAUGGCUAGAGAAUACCUAUACAAAAAUAAAUAAGGUCAAUUUUUUUUUUAUUAAUAUCCAAGCAACUAGCCUUUAUUCUUCUAAUAGGAAGAUGUACGCCACGACAGCUCUGUGACCUAGAAUACAACUAUCCUAUCACCAGUGGAGACUAAGAGAGACCAGAAAAUAAGAGUUCAGAUUAUAAUAAGCCAGGUUACUGCAAUUACAAAUCAGCAUUUAAUGGCGAUAGAGCGUAUUGCAAGGCUCUCCGCCACGAAACAUUUAUGCAUUCCAGUUAGAUGGGUGGAACAGCUGUUGUACAAUAUCAUUGAGAUUUCGAACGGUGUGCUUAGUGCGAGUUUUUUAACGUUCUGGAUAGCGUAAAAGUUAGCUCAUGUUUGUAUGGAAUGGGAUCCUUUGCGUACGUUUGCCGCUAGGGGCGCUGUUCCAACUGCAUACAAAAUUGGCUUAACUUUUACGCUAUCGACAACGUUAAGAAACUCGCACUA